GCAAUGAAACUUGUACACUUUCACUUCUUCAACACUUGGAGACACUUUACAGCGAAAAAAAUCCACAUGGACGAAUAAUUCCUCAUGGAGAGACGCUGAUAUUCCCGCUGCUGGCUGUCCAGUGGUUAUGAACCCUUGACUUUUAUUGUAUCUUCUCUUUUUGGGCUAACUUAGCUGCAUGCUAACUUACUCUGAGACUGAUAUCAAGAUAAACACAAAUUACAUCCUAAAUACCUUAUCAUUGAUGUGGAUUAAUAACAGACUAAUUUUAAUGUAAAAGUCAUGUAGUCGUCGCAUAUGACGGCAUUUCUACAGUUUUGUCGAUGAAUUAUGUAUACAGUUUAGUAUUAGCUCACGCUAACCGAAAAAAUAAUAAUAAUAACGGGAAUUUCAUUUUAUUUUUUUGGGACAUUUGGAUAUGAUUUUUUUUGGAGAUACACAGUGUUAAACAUGUUUAAUUCGGGGUUUAUGAGUGAUUUGAGGAACUCUUUGUUCGGGAGAGGAAGAUCAAAAUGAGGAAGAUGAUGAUGGUGAUGAAGAUCAGCUCAACAGGGAACUGCUGAUUAUAAACAGACACAUUCAGAAACAAAAAACAUGCCUCGAAGAAAACAGUCGAACCCACAGCCUGUCAAAUUGGGAGCUGAAGAUGGGCCGGCAGUCGGGAAUCAGGAAAACCUGGUCCUGGGUAGUGACUUCCUCCUCGGACAGGAGCUGGGCUUUGGAGAAAAUGACUACAGGAUCGUGGGUUUUGAGAGGGACUCGGACUCGGUCACAGCAGACAUGGGAAUGCCGGUGUAUGGCUUCAGCGAUGAGGACUGUUCCAGCUACAACCGUCUUGGCAUGGAGAGCGACUUCGAGGACCCUCGAGACACGGAGAGCGAGCGGGAGGAGAUCGGACCAGACGCUGCGUUCGCUCCGUACCUCUCGUGCAGGCAGUGCGGCCAGCUGCUGAGCGACCCCUUGAUCGACACGCUGGACCUCGCCGGCCUCUACUGCCUCCAGUGUGGAGCCGAGGGUGGAGAUGCAGACCGACAGGACCAUGCGCUAGAGGAGGCCCACCCCACAGACACCACGCAGGGGAAGGCAAACCGAGGCAGAUCCACGUCUGAUGGAAGCUCUUGUAAAACGUACUCCUGCAAACUGUGCACCUUCAGCUCGCGUUACUCCAAUCACUUGAAGCGGCACAUGAAAACGCACAACGGCGAGAAGCCGUAUCGCUGCCAGCACUGUGCAUACGCCUCUGCCCAGCUGGUCAACCUGCAACGGCAUGAGCGCACGCACACCGGCGAGAAGCCGUACAAAUGCGAGUUCUGCACAUUUGCGUGCAACUCUCUGGGAAACCUGAAGAGGCACCAGCGCAUGCACACGCAGGAGAAAGACCUCGACUGCAGCCAGUGCGACUUCAGAGCCAACAACAGCCACUCCUUAAAGAAACACAUGAUGAGCCACGAGGAGGACAAAUCAACAGCCUUCACGGAAGAGUCUGUGGUGUCUGACCUGACUCUGCACAUCAGCAGCGCCCCCGACUUCCUCCAAAGCUACGACACCCUACAAACGGACCGCCAUCCUCCCGCUCUGCUGCACGCCGAGGGUUUGGCCAAAGAGUCGGACCCUCUUCCCGAGCUGCUGUUCCCCUUCACGUGCCGGGUGUGUGGAGCGGUGCUGGAGGAUGAGGAGGGUGCCACGGUGCAGAUUUGCAACAAAUGCACACUAGACAUGCUGUCCAAAAGCUCCCCGAGCAGCCCGGAGAAAGGUGACAAGCUGUACCCAUGCACAUCGUGUCCGUUCAUCACUCAGUACCCCAAUCAUCUCGCCCGCCACAUGAAGACUCACAGCGGUGAGAAGCCCUAUAAGUGUCCGCAGUGCAAUUACGCCUCCGCCCACUAUGACAACCUCAAGCGGCACCACCGCGUGCACACGGGUGAGAAGCCCUACAAAUGCCACAUGUGCGACUACGCUUGUGGAAACCUGGCGAAUCUCAAACGGCACGAGCGCAUCCACUCGGGCUCCAAGCCCUUCCAGUGUAGCGUGUGCAGCUACAGCUGCAACCAGAGCAUGAACCUGAAGCGCCACAUGCUGCGGCACACCGGCGAGAAGCCCUUCAAGUGCCAGGAGUGCGGCUACACCACGGGCCACUGGGACAAUUACAAACGCCACCAGAAGAAGCACGGCCUCUCCGCCGAAGGCUGGCUCAAGAUGCAGCUGCAGGAGAAAGAGGAAGAGGACGAGGAAGGAGAAAUGUAGUGGAAGCUCUCUAUGAUGUCUAACUCCAGUUGCCUUACUAUUAUUAUUAUUAUUGUUGUCAUCAGAGGAAUCCAUGUAGUAACACUGUGUCACGACAGGGCCGGUGUGCUGUUUUAAUUUUGUUUUGUUUCUUUCACUUGAUUGUAUUUUGUCCAACUGUUUACAGCAGCUGAUUUCAAUCUCAGAAUCACAGGUUUGCAAUUUAAGAUCGACGUUUUGAACUGAAAGAGCACAUUUAUGCACCACUGGGUGAAUCUCACAGAAAUCUAAUGCCAUAUUUCAGCCUAAAAAAAAAAACAUGAUAUUAUAUUUUUGCAUGGAAAAAAUGAGUCAUGUUUCUUAGGAUACUGAAAAUAUAUAUAUAUUUUUUAUUUUAUGAACCAUGUCUCUUAGGACCAUAAUGAUGAAUAGCUAAAUAAUUUUUUACAUUAACUUUCAGUUCAUUUAUUUUAUUUAUACUUUUUUACUUUUAGGUUUUCAAAAUGAGCCAUGUUUCCUUUUAGUUUUAGUUUGAUUUUUUAAGUUUUAAAAAAUAUACAUUAGAUUAUUUUUUUUAUUCCAUUUUUUUUUUCAAAACACUAAAAUAAACAGCCACAAAUAAUGUACAAAUAAGGAAUUUGUAUACAAUUUUUUAGUGGACAAAAUUCAUAAAAUAGAUUUAAAGUGAGCACAACAAAUGCUACCAUUAUAAUAAUGAGACUGUUUUUAGCUGUCAUAAAAAUUUCACAAUGCAAAAAACAAAUCCUAAAACCAGAAUUAAUUUUCUUUUAUGCAAAAAAUAACUUCUUAAUCUUUUUUUUCUUAUAAAUUUGGAAUGAAUUCUAUUCAUGAUGUGUUUUGUGAGAUUCAUGCAGGCCGAUGCAGCAGCUCAAAUUGUUUCAUGAGGGAUUUGAUGACACUGAAGACGUCUGGCUGCUACUGUAUGUUCACUUAUGCACAAUGACAGUGAUGUUGCCUUGUCUCGGGGAGGUGCUGAUCCUCCUUCCCUUAUUUACUGUAUCUGAAUUUCUUGGUGCCACUGCAAAAUGCUGCACUGAUGCGGGGUCCGUCCCCAGCACACUCGAGGUUUUUCAAGGGGAUUAGAGAGAUACGUAUGAGUGAGUCUCACGAAAACUGUUCAGAAAUGCUAGCAUUAUAUUUCCCCCGAAAUGAUUAUUAAAUAAGGGAAUGUUUUGCAUGAGGAAUAA